AUGCGGCGAUUGGAGCCUCUUUUCAAGGGGCUGCAAUACUAUUCUCAGUCGAUCGAAGUUGUCUGCAAUGGCACGCCAUUCUUGCCUUGGAUAUGGGCACCAAUAAAACUAAUUCUCAAGGUAGCAUCUGACCAGAUCGAGGCGUUUGAGAAGCUCAUACAGGCCUAUGCUCGUAUAGCGGAGCCUUUGGCACGACUCAAAAUCAUCAGCCAGGCAUUUUUAGCGAACCAUGAGAUCCAGAAGGUUCUCGCAAUUUUCUACGCUGACAUUUGCAAAUUCCACAAGGAGGCAUACAAAUUUGUGCGCAGGAGUGGGUGGAAAGUCUUGUUCAUGACUUCUUGGGGACGUUUCGAGCGUCGCUUCAACGGGAUAAUCGAGGACCUCAAAGCUCACGAAGCCCUCAUCGACAAAACGGCUUCCGCCGUGGGACUCUCUGAGGUGAAAAAGCUCAGAGAAGCCCUUGAACUCCAGAGGCAAGAGUCACUUGAGGAAAUGGCCGAGAAGGACACGGAAAACACAGCAAAGCAGUAUCAGGCCAUUGUCGGCUGGCUUAAAAUGGAUGACCACGAGCAGCUCAAAAUCUUCGACUUGGUCAUUACCGAAGCUCAAAGAUACGACGGAACCUGUGACUGGAUCCUCAAGCAAAACAAGAUUGCCGCAUGGAUGAAGUGCAGCCAGGAGCUCGCCUUUCUCGUCCUUCGCGGCAAUGUAGGGACUGGAAAAAGUGUUCUCGCCGCCCACAUCACCAACUUCCUCCGAGCGUCGAAGCAAUCCUUGGUGGUUUGCCAUAUCUGUACCUACGCUCAAGCAGCAUCCACCGAGUACGGACAAAUACUGCGAUCAAUCCUCUUACGGCUCGUACAAGCCAGUUCGGACCUAAUUGCCUACAUUUACAAGCAAUUCAUACAAGAGAAGAAGAGUCCGUCUGUACAAGCCCUCGAGAGCCUGAUUUUGUCGGUGAUCGGGGCUAUUUCAGACAAUCCGUCGCAGACCAGCUAUAUCCAUAUUAUCCUGGACGGGUUAGAUGAGUGCGAAGAGAAGACGCAGCUUAAGAUUAUUACUCACCUAGAACGAAUGGUGUCGUCAGCAUUGAGAGCGAAUUCGACAAUCUGCAAGGUCCUCGUUACGACUAACAUGCAGAAUGAAACACCCAAGAAGUUGAAAGCAAAGCAACAAGUAUCGCUGACCAACGAGAAAACUGCACUCAGCAAGGCAAUCUCGGUGUACACUGCCUCGAAGCUUUCGGAGCACCGGUCGCGAUGGUUUCAAAUGGGGAUUACGGACACAGACUUGAAGGAGCUUGAGCUUCGACUCGCUGAAAAAGCUGACGGUACGCUGUGCGGAGUAAUUGAGUACAAGAAGAUACAGUAUACUGACGGGAAUUGA